GUUUUUUCUCCUGUUUACGGCGGUGUUUGCAAAUGAAACAUUAGUUCUUAAAAAAAAUACUUUACUUUUAAGAAAUAAGAGAUAUUUAUCAUUUCCAGCAAGUAGCAAUUUUCAGGUCUCAAUGGCUUUCGUUAGCAACUUUCAAAUAGUACAGCCCCAAGGAUGGAAAAUGUUAGUAGAAUGUGAUUAUCCAUUUGCUUUGCCAAGUGAUACAAGAUUAUUUAAAUUUCACAAACUUGUACGACGCAGUUCUGUUGAAAGAAAUGAAAUUCUCUCUGGUUUAGAAUCUGCCCUUUCUCGGAUUGGAUUAAAUGGCACUGCAUGUUUAAAUCAAAUGAUAUGUCAUUCUAAACGUUUUGGUUUGACAAAAGGAAAAUCAUUAGUACAGGAUAUGUUGCAUACAAUUUUUGAGUCAGAACAAGAAGAUUUUAAAAUAGAUUACGAAAACGUUUGUUCUCCGAGCAAUUUUCAAGAAUGUCCCAUUCCACUACUGGAUCUUAUUGUCAACAGUAUGACAAAGAACACCCAUCAAUAAAAUCUUCUGUUUUAUUUUUAUAGAAGUGUGAUUAUAAAUUGUAAUAAUUCUAUUACCAAUUUUAUA